ACUAUUAUAUACUCAUCAUUCCUUUUCAUUAAAAAAAAUUCCAUACACAAAUUACAGAUCAGAUGAACUGCUGUAAGAAAUCAAAAACUCUCUCCCCUCCGAAAACCCCACCAACAAACGAAGAACAAUAUCAAGAAAUCCCGGAAAACAAGAACGUCAAACACGACACUCUUCUCACAAUCCCGGGAUGCAAGGUCCACCUGAUGGACGGCGGAGAAGCCCUCGAGAUCGCCGCAGGCGAUUUCGAGCUCUUCCGAUUGUUCGACGGAAGUAUCUCUCUCGCCACCGCCGUUAAAGUCGGUGGCGAGCUCCAAUGGCCGCUCACGAAAGACGAGCCAGUUGUGAAGCUCGACGAAUCUCACUACCUCUUCUCUCUCCCGAUGAACGACGGCAAGCCCUUGAGCUACGGUGUUUCGUUUUCCGAGAGGAUCGGAUCAGAUGCUGCUGCCCAAACAACGGGAACGAAUAAACUAGAUUCUUUUCUUGAAGAACACUCUUUGUUCACUACUAGUUGUCCUAAUUCAUCGUCAAGAAUUAAUGGAAACGAGAACGUCGUGAUUAACUGGAAGGAAUUCGCGCCGGUUGUCGAUGAUUACAACAGUGUUCUGGCGAAGGCGAUUGCCGGCGGGACGGGCCAGAUUGUUAAGGGUAUAUUCAAGUGCAGCAAUGCUUACACUAAUCAGGUGCAGAAAGGAGGAGAAACAAUCUUGAUUCGUGCAUCAGACCAGAAAAACUGGGCACCAUCAAAACAAAGCAACAGCAUGAAUAAUAAUAAUAAUAAUAAUGCUGCAAAUAAAAAGAAAGGUGCUAUCAACAAAACCCUCAAACGUGUGAGGAAAUUGUCGAAAAUGACAGAAAAAAUGAGCAAAGCGAUGCUCGAUGUUGUCGGUGUUGCGACAGGUUCGGUGGUGGGGCCCGCCGUUCGAUCACAAGCCGGGAAAACGUUCCUUUCCAUGGUACCCGGAGAGGUUCUCUUGGCUUCCCUUGAUUCUGUUAACAAAAUAAUAGAUGCAGCAGAGCUGCUGAGAAGCAAGCCAUUUCAGCCACCUUCUGGUGCAGUUACAAAGAUGGUCUCUAACAGGUUUGGAGAGAGUGCAGGAGAAGCUACAGAAGAUGCUCUAGCAAGUGCAGGGCAUUGUGCUGGAACUGCUUGGAAUGUUUUUAAGAUUAGGAAAGCCAUUAAUCCUGCUUCUUCUGUUGUUUCCUCACGCGCCCUCACAAAUGCUGCUAAUUACCGAAAGCCCACGCGCUCUCUUUAGUUAGUCUAUUUGUUUGUUCAUCAUGCAUGCAUGCAUGAGAAUCUUCCUCACGCGGGCAAAACGGUCAUUUGUGCCCAUAUUGUUACAUAUAGUAAUAGUAGGGCUUGUUUUCAAGUAUUUAUUUGGCAUUUGUGUGAUCUAAAAUUCAUGUUUUUAAUUUAUUACCUUCACAUAAUAUAUAAACAAUUUUAUUCCGU